UCUGUGCUGACGAGCCGUUGCUUGUGGAAACAGCUGGUGGUUUCUGUCAGCGAACACUUCGGCUCCAGAGCAGCUUUGGCAGGAAUAAAAGUUCAAUUUAGACUCGAAACUGAGCGAGUGCGCUUUCAGUUGAGCCUCCGCUGCUGUUCCACCAGACGCCAGGAAAUGUCAUCCUGUGAACGCCACUUUAUCAGGCAGUUGUUGAGUAACGACCUAGCGUUAGCUUCAUAGACCGACUGACGCUCGACGCAGCCGGCUGCUAACGCCAGCUAGCUCACGUUGUACUCCCCUAGCAACUACCACGAUACUGCUUCUCUGUCACCGCGGAGAAAAGUGUCAGCUGUCGGGUUUCUGACAGUGUAGGACGAGGGGUUUUUUGUUUGUUUUUUUGUUUUUUUUUUUGGCUUCAUUUCAGCAUGACUCAUGUUCACUAUAAAUUCUCCUCUAAACUCAGCUACGACACGGUGGUUUUCGACGGCCCGCACGUCACGCUGAGGGAUCUGAAGAGGCAGAUCAUGGGCAGGGAGAAGCUCCGGUCCGGGGACUGCGACCUGCAGAUCACCAGCGCACAAACCAAAGAAGAGUACACAGACGAUGAAGGUCUGAUCCCCAAAGGCUCCUCUGUCAUCGUCAGGAGAAUCCCCAUCAUCGGAGUCAAGUCCACCUCAAACAAGACCCGCAACAUUGAGCGAUCAGACGCCCAGUUUCACCACGCCUUUGGAGCCAUCAAAGCAAUGGAUGACCAGAAUUCUUCCAGAGCCUUUUUCUCCAAGAUGACCAACCUGGCUGAUGCGGAUGUGUCAGAGGAGGAUAAGAUCCAAGUUAUGUUAAAUCAGUCCACCGCCUACGACUCCAUGAAUUACAACAAGAAGUUUGGUGGUGUUCUUCCAGCGAACUACACCUGUUAUCGCUGUGGAAAUACCGGACACCACAUCAGGAACUGUCCCACCAGUGGGGAUAAAAAUGUUGAGGCCCCUCUGAGAAUAAAGAAAAGCACAGGCAUCCCUCGUUCCUUCAUGGUGGAGGUGGACGAUCCCAACAUAAAGGGAGCCAUGCUGACCAACUGUGGACAUUAUGCGAUUCCGGCCAUACACGCUAAGGCGUACGCCAUUGGCAAGAAGGAGAAGCCUCCCUUCGUUCCUCAGGAGCAGCCCAAGUCAGAAGACAAGGAGGAUCCUGUACCUGACGAACUGCUCUGUCUGAUCUGCCAUGACCUGCUGAGUGACGCUGUGGUCAUACCCUGCUGUGGAAACAGCUACUGCGACGACUGUAUUCGCAACGCCCUGCUGGAUUCAGAGGAACACGUCUGCCCCACUUGUAGCCAAUCCGAUGUCUCCCCUGAUACCCUGAUAGCUAAUAAAUUUCUCAGACAGGCUGUGAACACUUUUAAGAAAGAGCGGGGCCAAGCUAACAGUCUGGGAGGAAGGUGUGGUACCUCCCAAUCCCAAAAUCCAACCCUGAUUCCGAGCCCUGUCCCCACCCAACCGCCUCUCACCAUUCAGAGCCAACCACCGAAGCCUUACCAGUCAAGCCACAGCCAGCAGGACCUUCUCCUGUACUGCUCACAGGCUGCAGACACCCCACCAUCGUCUCAGGUGUGUGGGGCUCCUCCCACAGCAACAAGCCCCGCCUCUGCUGCUAAGACACCGAGCACGUCCCUCCAGCCUGCGCAAAGCCCCCUGGAGAUAUCUGACAAAGAGGCUGAAGAGACACAUGAUGACUCAGCGGCUGCUGCCCCUUCUGUCCUGGUUUCACACAAAGACUCCACUGCUGCUCCAUCACAACCGAUACCACUGGUUAACGACGCUCCAGCGGCAGAGCAACCCCAGACAGUCAGUGUGAAUCUUCAGCAGUCCCCCGCAGGUCCAGCUGCAAGACACCCUGGGCCCCCAACAUGCUGGGAUAGCUCCCCCUCCUCAGGUUGUCCUCCUGGUGGAUGGAAUAAAUCGAACACCCAGCAGCUUCCUCCCUCCUCUUCCUCUUCAUACCCAGCAACUCCUCCACCCCUCUUUCCCUCCCCCCUUUUCCACACAUUCCUUGCUGCUCAGCAGCCUCUCAACAGUUACCCCCCUGGGUACCCACCUACAACGCCCGUCUGGACGCUCCCAACCCUCCAGGGGGCCCCCAUCCCUUCCCUCUGCUCCUCUACCACCGCCUCCUCAAUCCCCGCCCUCAUCCCCAAGGAGUGGUACAUGAAUCAGAGAAAUAAGAAGGAAAGGUCACCUCACAGAGGAUCUACCUACAGACGCUCCUCUUCUCGUUCUAAUUCAAAGUCUUCUAAACCCAAGUCUGGUCGCUCCUACUCUCACUCUUCAAGCAGAUCCAGAUCCCGUUCCCGGUCCAGGUCCCAAGGCAGAUCAAGGCCCCACUCGCCUUACUCCCGCCACAGGGACCUCCAUAGCCGCUCCCAUUCCUCCCACUCUUAUAGCUAUGGUUACAAACGUUCCCCUACACCGUCCUCAUCAUCUUCACCUCGAGUGGGUUACGACUCCAGGUCCAAGUCACCGUCACAUCACCGCAAAAACAGCCAUCACAGUCGGCAUCACAGUAAGAAAUCAGCUUUGAGCAGCUACAGCUCCAGGAGGCGAGGGGAACGCUCCCAGAGGGAAACCGGAGGCUCAGGGGGGAGUUUUGAUAGUCACCUGUAUGCUCAGCAUGCAGAACCAACUAGCAGCCUGGGGCUGGACAGAGAGCGCUACCUGCAGUGGAAAAGGGAGUACAAAGAGUGGUGUGAGAAAUACUUCAACAGCUAUGUCGGACACUUCCACCAGCUGCCUCCUCCCCUCCUCAAUCUUCCUCCCUCUCUUCUUCCUCAGUGGGGGGACAGAGAAGGAAGCAGAAAUCCCUCACACGCCAACUCGGAAUCUCGCAGCCGACCACAAGGUAGGCGCACUGCCCGGAAGGACGAGCGCUCUCCUCCAUCGCAGUCAUCCAGUGACAGCCGCUCCCCUCCUCCUCAGUCUUCGAGUCAUUCCACGCCAUCUCAGUCAUCGAGUGACAGUCACUCUACGCCAUCUCGUUCGUCCAAUGAAAGCCAUUCCCCUCCCUCCCAGUCGUCUAGUGACGGCCGCUCCACUCCAUCUGAAGACGGGGCUCAGCUGAGGGGAUAUCAGCAGAAGUGCGCUGAGAAGUACAGCCACCUGCCAAUCACAAAGGGCAGUGAGAAAGUGGAACUACAGGAAACGAGUAAAGACGACAAGCACCUGAUCACAAAGAAUUUAAAGAAUCUCAGAACCUUUAAAUAUGAGCAAAAGAGCAUGAAGAAUCAUGAGGAAGGAAGAGGAGAGGAGUCUUCAAGCCCUGAUGCUGCAGACCCUGGACCAAAUACCUGCAAAGACGGCCCCCCAAUACAGGACAGAGCAACUGCCAGUGAGGCCUUAAAAUCAAUCCAGCCACUCUUAAAACCAGAUAAACGUUUGGAUAAAGACUAUAAAAGGAAAAGCGGAGAGCAAAGGAAUUUGGAAAUAGAUAAAGGAUGGAGAAGAGACAAAUAUUCAGACUCCAGGCAGGAUGUGGAGAGACGGCGCAAAGAAAAGCCCAGCAAAGGGGUAUGCAGGGUGGAUACAGACAGAUACAACAAACCUGGAGGCAGCAAAGCUUCUGACUCAAGAUCAGAGAAGAACAGAAAAAGAAAAGGAGAAGACAUGGAGAGAAGUUCUGUUAGGGCUCAAAGCAGCAGAUGCCUGAAAACAGAAGUUGCAGAGGUCCCUACAACCCGCAAGAGUGAAUCACCUGAUCCAUUUGACAGAAAGAAGCAAAAAACGGAGAAGAAAAAGGAAAGGAAAACAUGGCCUCUGACACAGAGAGACAUCUGGGAGGGAGGGGUAGUGGUGAAACCACAGAAGAAGAUCAGCAUCAACAUCAACCUGGAUGGGAAAAGGAAGGAAGAGAAAACUGAAAAACAGGACUCGUCUUAUUUAGAGAGCAUCAAAAUUGAGAAGACUGACAAUGUAGAGGAGGAGAAGUCAAACAGAGGAGAGACUGAAGUAAGGGAAAAUAAGGAAUCCAGCAGAGACGAGGAAAGUUUGUCUGAAGAAAAAAUAAAACCAGAUGAAAGACAGUCAAGACCGAUAUGGGAGAAAGCUACAUUCAGAGAUGAUAAGGUAGGACUGAGGGAGAAAGCUGAAGGAGAGAAGAAAGAGAGCAGAGAAGAGGAUGACUUUGACUUAUGGCAUAGCGCCCUAACAGGAGUGGAGGAGGAGGAGGAGGAGAAGAAGGAGAGUAAAAAACAGUGGGAGGAAGGAGACGGGAUGGAGGGCAGAAAAAUAAAAGAGUUGACAAAUGACCAGAAGAGGAGUGUGAGGGGAGAAAAGGAAGAAGAGAGAGUGAGGAAUUACGGUGUACGACAAGAGAUGGGAGAGUUAGUUGCAGGUACUCCGAAGGAGAGGGCAGAGGGAGAAAACAGAGGAAACCUGUGGGGAGAGUCCAAGCCAAAGAAGGAGAUGAUGGAGAGAGAGAAGUGGAGGAUGAGGAAAGAAGACACGAUGAGGUCUGAGUCACAAAGGCGCGGAAACAAGGACCACCAUGAAGAACCAAACACCACGGUGGACGAUGGCAGCGGCUACGAGGAUCAGGAGAGGAAGAAGGUGGUAAAAACUGUGGAGGAAUACACUCAGAACAGAGCCACAGACAGAGAGGAAGAGCUCGUACAGGUCCCUCGCUCCAAAUGGGAGAAGGAAGAGUCUGAGGAUGGCGAGCAGGAUGAAGAAAAGGUCAAAGUUGAAAUGGGUGCUUUUGCAACAUUUCUGCCCCCAUCAUCCUUGUCUGUGACAGCAGAGACACCAGAGACACCAGCCGACAGGGAAACAGAGGGAGAGCAUGAACAGAAGAGACAGAGGUCAGUGGAAACGGAGAGAGACGGGGCCAGAUCGUUGGAGUGGGAGAAAAACUCCAGCUCACACAGAAAUGUGGCUCCCUCUAGUGGCAAAGACAGACCUGACAGCACCAUGUCUGCAGAGAGAGACAGGGAGCGAUGGAUGGAGAUGGAGAGACCCAGGGACAGAGAGAGAGGGAGGGACAGCGAGAGACAGAGAGAUAGGCAGAAAGAGAGCAAAAGAUCAAAAGAGAGAAGAAGGGAAGAAGAGAAAGGGAGAGACAUGGAGAGAGAGAGGGGGCACGGCAGCAAUGCCUCGGUCCAAAAGAGGAACCCCUCUUCCUCCUCUCACUCCUACUCUUAUUCGACAGCACAUGACACAGAGAGGAGAGACAGGCAGCGAGGGGACGACCAGAGCAGCAACAAGACCUCCUCCUCCUCCUCCUCCUCCUCCUCCUGUCCUGGAGGGAAAUCCUCCAGUGCCAUAAGCGGAGCUGCCAAUCUGCCUGAUCAACAUGCAUAUAAAACCUAUAAAGACACAUUACUGGACCCAAAUCUUAAAGACAAAGACCAUUCCCACUACUACUAUCAUCACCAAGAUCCACUAGGGAACUACAGACACCAAGACAGACCUGCAGGGAGCCACCACUCCCCACCUUCCCACUCCCACAGCCGGAGUAAGGAGAGAAAGCCGCACCCCUUGAAAUCCUCCGGAGGGUCAGAGCUCAGUAAGCCCAGAACGAGCAGCCCUGGGCCGAACAGCAAAAAUGAGAGCACGGUUGAAAAGGGGGAGUGGAAGCAAAACAGGGUGGAUAAAGUGAUAAAGGAAGGCAAAGGGGAGAGAGAAAAUCCAGAGAUGGUGGCUGAGAGAGAAGGAGGUAAUCGAUGGGAGGACGAGGCUGAUAAACUGGACGGACAGACCAAGUGGGAGGGCGGGAGAGAACUGGAGGAAGGGGAGAGGCCCAGCAGCAGCAGCAACGGCGUCAGUUCAUCAGCGAGCCAGGAGAGCAGCAGCAGCGACGACGGGAAAAAAGAGUGGAAGAAGAAACAAAAGAAGCAGAACAAGGAGAGGAGACAACUGGCCCCGGAGCUGCUGGAGGAAGGGGAGCUGAAGAAACACAAACACAAGAAGAAGUCAAAGAAAAGCAGAGAUGGGGGGGAAGAGGAGAGUAGUGGAGAGGUGGACAACAGGUGGAAAGAGGAGGAAGAGCAAGCAAAGCUAUGCUCACUUUUGUUCUUUUGACUGUCACUGAUGAUGAUCUUUUGACUGUUUACUGAUGAUGUUUUUCCUUUCUCUGUCCAAAAAGUGCCUGGAUUUAUUUUUUGACUUUAUUUUUUCUUUUCCCAGGAUACUUUUUGUAUCACCUUAUAUGAAAUAUGCAUCAUCCAAAAUGAAAGUGAACAAAUUGUGAAGGAAAAGCACUUUAUACGAUAUGUAAGAAAAAUGAAUGUGAAUAGAAGCAAAUGUGAAACAUUUGACCUCUUGAAUGACUUAAAGGUCAAGGAACUUGCUCAGGACUGCCACCAACUAUGGUUUAUGUACUAAACCUGCAGCUUGCAUGAAGGAAAUCUUACAUUUUGACAACAGGUCAUUCAGUAAUUUGAUUUGCCUCACUCAGGAGCACAGGAGUGCAUAUUAUUGAAAAGAGUUUGUGAUUAAUUUAAAGCAUAUACUGUGAAUAUUUAUGAUUUGAAAAGCUGUCGUAUUUUUUUUUUUUUCUUUUUAAUUUUGUAAAUGUUUGAUUUAAAACUCCUGGAUGGAUAAAGAAAUGUACCAGAAGAAAGUUUAGUUUUUCCUGUUUUGAAGGAAAUAAAAAGAAACAUCCUUACAGUGUU